AUGGCUCGCUCACUUGGUUCGUCCGUGCGGCUUCGGUGGAUUCUAAUCCUCCUUGCUGCAGUUAUCAUCAUUGUACUUUCCGACUUUCUCUUUACGUGGCAACAGCUCACCACGUCGUUCUCGCCCUUAUCCUUUCCAUCCAUUCGUGGCCGCUUCAACGUCACUAUUCUAGCCACGUAUGACGCACUGCCUCGAGCUAAUGACACGUUUAAUGUGUUACAAAUUAAGGUGGAAAAUGAGGAGGACACAAUGAGAAUGAAGACAGAACAGCUCAAAGCUGGAGAGAUGGAAGUCAUGAAGCAGGAGAAUCGGAUUGAGAAUCUUGAGACGCUAUUACUCCACUCACUGUACCAUUUGACGCAAAAUACAAUUGAAAUGCGUGGGAUUGUAUUGCCUCUACAUGAUGGUUUCGUGUCGUUGGGACUGUCACUAGUGAUGGAGUUACGAUCACUGGGUGUCAUGCUGCCAGUGGAGAUCCCGCAUUGCGGAGAUCUAAACCAGAAACUGGUGGCAACGAUUGAAAAAAAGAGGAAACAGUUGGGAUCAAUUUAUGUGUAUGAUGUAUGUGCAUUAGCUGCCAAGGAGAAGAGUUUGCUGGAUGAUAGCAAACCAAUCUUUUGCAAGGACUUGGAUGAGUGUCAUCAUAAGUUUCGUACGUCUGAUAUUAAAGUGCUGGCAUUGAUCUAUUCGCGCUUUGAAGAGGUAAUGCUCAUAGACGCCGAUAUACUCCUGUUACAGAGUCCCAUGCCGCUGUGGGAGACGGACAAGUACCAAACGACUGGCACCCUGUUCUUUAACGACAGGAUCAGUCAGACCAACACGUCGCUGGGGUAUCGACCGGCUUUGCGUCCGAAUGUCACGAACUUUCUCCACUACUUGUUCAACGCUGAUGUGAGCGUCUUUUGA